AUGACAUCUAGAUAUUCAGCUGCAGGCGGCGCUCAUCAACGAGAUUUAAGAACACAAUUAUUUAGUUCACCAAAUGUUGGACUUCGUACUCCAUCACGAACACCACUGCGAACAGCAUCACCGUAUGAUCCAACUCCUAAUAAUUCAAAUCAAGCUAAAUAUAAUGAAUCUUUAAUGAAUUCAUUAGAACUGCAAAAUGAUGAUGAAAUGAAUAUAAUGGGUUCAAAAAUUUCAAUGUUGAAAAAUUUAGGUGAAAAAAUGGGAGUUGAAAUUAAUAAACUGAUUAAAUUAAAUGAUGAUAUAACUAAUAAUUUCGAAAAGGGAAAGAUAACUUUAAAAAAUACUUACAAUAAAAUGAUUGUAAUGAGUCAAAGAGCUGGUAUAAGUUGGAAAAUGUGGCUACUUGUAUUUUUAAUAGUUACCCUAUGGUUUGUAUACGUUUGGUUGUUCUAA